CUCCGUUUCGUGUUCCCUGGCCCCGCCACUCCCCUCCGCCAGCCGCCACUGUUGCGUCUCAAGGGCAGGGGGGCAGAUUGAGGCACUGGGCAGGUCGGCUUCCGGCGGCUCUCGGAUCACGCUGGCCUUCCGCGCCUCGCCGGCGGCCGGCGCGUCAACCACCGUGGUGCUCCGCGGUUUCCUUCCACCUAUUCUCCCGGUAACGCCUUAGAAAGUUCGUUGGGGCACCAAAGAGUUGCCUGCCGUGUGGCGGGUGACUGACUGUUCGGGAUGGGCAGGGUGAGCUGCUUCACCGGCCUGCUCGGCGGCAGGAGGAAGGCAUCGAAGGGUAAGAACAAGGGCGCAUACGCCAGGAGAGUUAAUGGCAAUGACUGCCCCAAGGUGAAGCCGGUGGAGUUCUUGGACAUGGCGGACACUGUCGACGUCAGCAGACGCGGCGACAACGUCCCUGCAUGCAACAGUAAGUUUGUCGUUGGCUCAGCCACAGGGUUGGCACGCCGUGGCAGUGGCGAGAACGGCGACAAGGCCGCAAUUAAGAGGGGCUGCUCGUCUGGCGCUGACCUCGUCGUCGUCGCCGGCGCCGGCUCGUCCGGUUACGACAGCAACGGAACAGGCAAAAGCGCCAAGAGCAUCGAGCCGGACGCCGGCGAGUCCUCCAGCGUCGGCCGCAUGUUCCCGACGCCGACUGCGUCGCCGAAGCUGAAGCGCUCGUGCUCCAACAUCGAGACGACGACGAGGUCGUCCGCGCCACCGAAAGGGUUCGAGUUCGACCUGCCGGCGAAGUCGCGCUCCGACAACGACCUGAACGCCGUGCCUCCCGCGAGGUCGACCACCCCCAGCGGCGCGCCGGACGCGAGCCCGGCGGCGUCCGUGAGGACGUCGUGCUCCGCCGACCGCGUCAUGCUGAAGAAGCGGUCGUCGAGGCAGGUGCUCCCGUCCCGGAGCCGGAGGCUGUGGUGGCAGCUGUUCCUGUGGAGCCACCGCAACCUGCACCGCGCGGGCGCGGCCAUGCCCGCGCUGCCGUCGGCGGCGGAGGCGCCGCACCAGCACGACGGGUACACGUCCGACACGCUGGACGCGAUCACCGUGGCCACCGCGGACGCGAAGGACAAGGACGCCGCCGCCGUGGAGGAGGACCCGAUACCGAGCCAGUGGGUCGCCUUCUCAGCGGAGGCCUCGUCGCCGCUGGACCGGGUCAGCGCGUGGGUGAACAGCCUCGGGGACGGCUCGUUCCACGCCGUCGACGAGGAGGAGGACGCCAUGGAGCACGACGUCGCCGCCGUCGCUCGCCCGCAACCGCAAUGCUCUGAGAUCGUGGAGCUGCCCGCGGCCGGCAAGAGGCACAACCCGCAAGCGAGGCGGCGCGCGGCGGACGAGGCCGCCAACCAGGCGAGCAGCAUCGUGCACACGCUCAACGUGUUCUCCUCCGUCGCCCACAUCUCCGGCAUGGGGCUCAAGGCCGUCCCGGCGAUUGCCGCGUUCUCCACCCUCCGGGCAGUCAAUCUGUCUGGCAACUUGAUUGUUCAAGUCGCCCCCGGAUCGUUGCCCAAAGGCCUGCACUCGCUCGAUCUGUCGAGGAACAAGAUCGCCACCAUCGAGGGGCUACGGGAGCUGACGAAGCUGCGCGUGCUCAACCUCAGCUACAACCGGAUCUCACGGAUCGGGCAUGGCUUGUCGGGCUGCACGGCGAUCAGGGAGCUGUACCUGGCCGGGAACAAGAUCAGCGACGUGGAGGGGCUGCACCGCCUGCUGAAGCUGGCCGUCCUGGACGUGGGCUUCAACCGGAUCACCACCGCCAAGUCCCUGGGCCAGCUCGUGGCCAACUACGCCUCGCUGCGGGCGCUCAACCUGCUGGGCAACCCGGUGCAGGCCGCCACCGGCGACGACACGCUCCGGAGGGCCGUGUCCGGCCUCCUCCCGCGGAUCGAGUACCUCAACAGGCAGGCCGUGAAGCCGCAGCGCGCUCGGGAGGUGGCCAAGGACAGCGUCGCGCAGGCCGCGCUCGGGAACGGCGGCGGGUGGAGCUCGCGGAGGCGGACGGCGCGGCGGGUCACCCAGAGCCCCGGGCCGUCGAGCAGGAGCCGGGGCAGGGACGGGGGCAGCAGCCGCAGGGCCAGCAGGAGCAGGUCCAAGACGAGAAGGAACCAGGGCACCAGCCUCUCGAUCUCGAGGAGGUGAGGCAGCCCCCCGUGUCAUAUUGACAUGGGCGUUGAGCUCAAAGAGGGGAGAACCGAUAAUUCCAUCCGUGUGUUUAAACUGCCAUGUUGAGGUAAAUAAUGGGCAUUGCCGGAGGUAAUUUGAUGGAAUGGAACUUGGAAAAAGGAGCUUGUGAUGCUGUUCUUAAA